GUAUAACACAGACGCAGCGGACCCUACCUCAAUUAAAGACUGGGGGUACUUUGACAAUUGCCUUGUUGUUCGAUCGGUAGACCAUGAAGAAAGCUACUGACCAGGAUAAACUGGCGGCAUUCCAGGCCUACGAUGCUUGGGUCUUUGAUCUAGAUGGAACUAUAUGGAAGGGUUCCACGCUGAUACCUGGAGCAAAGGAGUUUAUCGAGCUUCUCAGGUCCUACCAAAAGAAGAUAUUCUUUGUCACCAACAACGCCACAAAGUCUCGAGCCGCCAAUGCGGCCAAACUUACAUCCUUGGGCAUUCCAGCGUCCCCGGGCGAGGUGUACACGAGCUCCUUCGCGGCAGCAGCCUACCUGCGGACCAUCAGCUUCCAUAAAAAGGCCUACGUGGUGGGCGAGGAGGGUCUGGUGGAGGAGCUGAGCGCUGCGGGCAUCAGCUGCGUGGGCGGGCCGGAGCACCGGGGCAAGGAGAUCGACUGGCAGGACAAGGAGCCGCAUGUGGAGGUGGACCCGGAGGUUGGUGCUGUGGUGGUUGGUCUGGACCGCUUCAUCAACUACUACAAGCUGCAGUACGCCACACAGUGCCUGCUCAGCAACGAUUCCUGCAUGUUCGUUGCAUGCAACACCGACGCCCGGGGGCACUUCAGCUCCACGCAGGAGUUCGCGGGCGCCGGCACCAUGGUGGCCGCCAUCAUCGGCUGCAGCGAGCGGGAACCCCUGCUGCUAGGCAAGCCCGCCUCCUUCAUGUUGGACCACCUGUGCGCCACGCACCAAAUCGCCCGGGACAAGUGCAUCGUGAUUGGCGACCGGUUAGACACGGACAUCCUGUGGGGCAUCCAAAACGGGGCCGGGACGUGCUGCGUGCUGUCAGGUGUCACCUCUGAGUCCCAGCUGCUCAGCUCCGACAACAAGGUGCACCCCAGCCUGUACAUGGACAGCAUCGGGGACUUCCUCUCCGUCAAGGGCCAGCUGCCCAGCAGCUGCAGCAUCAUGUAGUGGGCGGGGCUGGGGGCCGGCUAGGGGGCGGGUGACGAAAUGAGGUGACUACCGUAACGUGGCAAAACACCGCUGCUAACAUGGGUUUUAUCAUGACUUUACCGGGACAUCUGAACUUGGAUUGGGGUUUCAAACGUAUGGCAGAAAGCGGUUGGGAUGUUUUGGGGUCUUGGAAGGGUGCACUGAGGUGGCUGCUGGCUGGGAAUGUGGGGGGAGUGGGGCGGGGGCAUUAGAAAUUAUUUUAGGGUACACUGGGCGGGAUCGGGUGUGCUUGGAGGGCAUGCACACAUGCAUGGCGUAAAAGUUAACAAUGAGAACUUGAAAUCAGGACAUGUUCAAUGUAUGGUUACUGUGGUAUUUAACCGUGGAGCCUGCCUAUCGUGACCUUGUGCCUUGUGACGUGUUGUGUAGCUUACUACUGCUGGGGCAAGAGCGAGAUUUCGGUGGCCUUCCUAUUGCGUGUCGGUGGCAGUGCGUCUACCGUGAUUAGAUUGGCAUAUCGCGACCCUUUUAUACUUGACGCUCGCAUCGUGCUUUACACUUAAUGCUCGGCGUUGUGUGCUUUGCGCCCCGCUGUGGUUGUGUAUGGGGUGAAGGGUUGGGUGGGGAGAACCUGUGGAAAGCGCUCUGUACAGCGAUGGCUUAGGUUAUAUUGUGUUUCCCGUCGGUCUCCCGUAUCCCGUAUUUGGUGGUCCUGGGCUCGGUUGUGGAAUGACCUGUGACGAGUGCUGUACGACGCCUAACUACUGGCCGGGGUGCUUGCUCUCUUCACAUAGGGUUACUGCUUGCGUGUUGGUAUUCAACUGCUUUGCUAAAGUGUUGCAGACUUUUGGGGGCGUGGCCUCGGAUGGUGCAACUCUGGUGCGAUUGUUGCAACUUGCACGUUCAACCAUGCCAAUCAGACCAACGAUAACCAAGUGACACAUAUGACUAGUUGAUUGACGCGCAAGUAACGUGCGUGCGCUGGCGAGCGCCGCAUUACUGCAGAUCGUUGAGCUCUGAGCGCCGCCCCUUUAUAAGAACGUUUCGCAAACCGGCUUGGUGCCUAUGGCGUCUUCAGUAUGGACUGCUACCGUCUGGGGCCAAGGGAAAGCGGCAAUCCUAGCAAAUAAUCGAAAGAUUCUUCCCGGCGAGGAGGAAUGCCACAUCUGCAAGGAUGAUGUCCCAGCUUCAGUAUCGCUGCGACCAUGUGGGCACAUGAUCUGCUUUGGUUGUGUGGAAAACCUUCGCGCGAAGAACAUUUUCAGGGCCGACAAGGGCGUCAAAUGCCCUUUUUGCCGACAGUACGUCACGCAGUACGAGCCUUGUAACAGCGCGGACCCCGAGCAGGUCCGCCUCCUUAACGAGGCCAACCGCGCAGCCGCCUUCGCCAAUGCAUGCCGCGGCCCCUCCUCCUCCUCCACAGCUGCCUCCGCAGCAGCAGCAGCAGCCGGGGGAGCCUCCUCGGCCGCCGG